AUAACGAGAUAUACAAAGGACAACGAGCAAAUACAGACACGGCGAGUAUAUAAGCAGGUCAGUGGCACAGUGACUCACAGUUCAGGCAGUAGCCGCCAAGGAGUUCUGCAGGACCUCACAUUAGCCACCAUGAAGUUUCUGAUAAUGUUGAGUUUGAUGGCGGUGGGUGCCCACGCCGGGUUUGGGAAACAUGGCAUUGUUAUGCCUGACGGCAACAACGUCCAGUUCACUCACGACCAGGCCGAGAACAUCCUUCUGAUCGGGCCCUCUGGUGCCAUCGCUGCCGACGGCAAUCACGUGCAGCUGACCCACGAUGGAAUUCCCGCCACCCGCGCCAAGCGUGGAGUGCUGCUGCAGGGACCCUCCAGCGUGCUCUUUAAGGACAAACAACGGAGGCGUCUUCCCCAUGGUGUGGAAAUCGUCCUCAUUAGUGAAACUGGCGCCAUCCUCUCCAACGGUGACAACGUCCAGUUCCACAAAUAGUGUUCCUAUUCUCUCACUGACGGUACCAAGGCUCGCUCGGGAUACAUCACCAAGAAACAGCUUUUCCAACUUCGUCCUGUUGUCACAUACCGGCGCUCUUCCUUCCGACGAAAUGGCAUCUAGCUGCUUAAGUAAAUGAAUUUAACUCAUGACCCUGCCCUGUCUACCUUUUGUUUUCUGCACCACCAAGAACAUUUAGUUACACCUCCAUCAGCACAUCUACUGAUGGGAGCUUCAUGGAAUUAUAUGUAAAUUUCCAAUAAACAUGAAAUUAACA